AUGGGCCCCAUGACUAUCAGAGGUGUGGGUUGGGGGAACCGACAAAUGCGCCCUGUGACUGGCAGCACCGUCUUCUAUUCUGAGCUGCAGCAGGAGUUCCAGCUCGGAUUCAAGGACAACUUCCUGAUCCUGGGCGAGUACCGGGCACGGAUUCAUGCCGCCGAGCUCCUGUGGGAAAUCCGAGGCCGCCCGGAGGAACGCAUCACCUGGAAGAAACUCGGUGCGCCGGACAUCGUGGAAUUGGACGCGGAGCCCGACCCAGACGACGACGCACCCUUGAUGCGACCUGACGCGCCUGCGGCGCCCGCGGCGCCUGCGGCGCCCGUGGCGCCCGCAGCGCCCGCCGCGCCCGCUGCGCCCAUUGCGCCCGCUGCACCGGUGGCCCCGGUGCCGCGAGACGACUCGCCUUUGACGGUGCUCUUUUCCAGCGCGCCCAAGACCAAGAGGCGCCAGGCCCCCGCUGCCCCGGCUCCUGUGAAGAAGUACAACCUCCGAUCCCGGGAGGAUAGGGCGGAGAGGAGGGAGAGGGCUCCCGUGUACGAGAUCGAGCCUUCUUCGGUGACACCGGACAAGGAGCAAGUCCAGGAGGUGAACGGGGCCUCGCCAUUGGCAGUUUGGGGCCUGCAGAGGCUCAUAGGGCCCUCCGCACCGCCUGGGGAAUACACCUGUGCAGUCUGCUGUGCGCUGCUCCGGCCGAUGGCGGCCACUGCCAAGGCCGACCUCUUGCGCGAGAAGCUGGCGUGCGACAGCUGCGGCCGCUUCGGGCGCGGAAUCCCAGCGAGGGACUUUCUGGCCCCUUGCCUUGCACGCUGA